AUUGCCAGAAGGCCGCAAAAGAAGGCCUGUAUAAACCCUUGCAACUCUCCAGCUUUAAUCCCCUGUUUCUACUCAAUUCUUCUCUCUCAGGAAUUUCAACAAACAGCUUCUCUACAUCCAAAAUAGUACAAACGUCUCUCUCUUCAACACAAUGGCUAGACCUCAGCAUCGUUACCGCGGAGUUCGUCAAAGGCAUUGGGGUUCAUGGGUCUCAGAGAUUCGGCAUCCUUUACUGAAGACUAGGAUUUGGCUUGGCACAUUCGUGACAGCAGAGGAUGCGGCACGAGCAUACGAUGAGGCUGCAAGGCUCAUGUGUGGAACCAAAGCACGCACCAACUUCCCAUACAAUCCCAAUGAGCCACAAACAUCUUCAUCUAAGCUUCUCUCAGCAACUUUAGCAGCUAAGCUACACAAGUCUCACAUGGCAGCUCUUCAACUUCAAAUGACCAAAAAAAAUGCACCAAAAGAGUCCCAUGGAAAGCGACAACGUAACCCAUUUGCCACAAGUGAUGGCAUUGCAGGAAGAAUUGCUGAAUUGGGCUCAGAAUGGCAGGAGACAAAAUGGGUUGGUGGGGAAGUUAGUGAACUGGGGAUCAAUCAACAGCAACAGCAGUUUAAGGCACUUGAAGAUGACCACAUAGAGCAGAUGAUAGAAGAGUUGCUUGAUUAUGGAUCUAUGGAGUUUUCUUCUCCUGAUGUUUCUUCAACAUAAUUGUCCAAAAUCCAAAUUUAGUAAACUUUAAUUAGUUAUUAACCUCUAUUUUCUCCUUUAUUGUCCAAGUAAUUAAUUUCUAAUAAAUAAAUGCUAAUUAGUUUUAAUCUCUCA